CGACAAACCUGCAUGCGCGGUGCUUCUUUAGCGUCCAACAUCAGCACACCGGAUAGGCUUUGAGAGAGACGCAGCACUCGUUUUGAAACUCAGACGCAUCUGCUGCUCAUUCAAAACACGCAAUUAACCUAGGAAUCCGGUUUCCACUACAAAUCCUAUUCCCCGACCUGGAUGGCUCAGCCACUUUUCACCCAUCGAAAGCCAGCUUGCGCACGGUCAAUUAUUAGGUCGGCAUUGCCAUCUGGUGAAGUGGUGGUUCCCAAUUGACCCUGUACACCAAAUGGCUACGUGGAGUGAAAAUGUUGGCGAUCUAGCUGCCAAAUCUUCCACGAGACCAACGCCUACGGAACCGCCACGAGCUCUCCUUAGCGGCCCAACGACUGAGCCAACAAUCAUGCCUAUCGACCCUUCUGACGAUUUGUCGUGCCUGCGGCCUUCCCUCGAAACGAAACACCCAUUCAAAGAGAACUCCAUAGGUGAACCUGAACUCUCGAGGCUAGCGUUGGUGACAAGACAGUCUCCCAGACAGCUUCAAUACCCCAGGUCUGAACAACGUACAUCGUCACUCCAACCCACACAUCGACGAGCGAGGACAGAUCUAUUUUUGCCUAAUAGACAUAGCAUCGCUUCGACAUAUGCAUUGGAGGAUGUUGUGCUUAGUACGGAUCAAGAAACGCCCAAGUUGAAAUCAGGCAACGGAAACGGACUGUUUGGUGGGUUAUUUCAAGGGGAAUCGACACCUAUUAGGCUUGGAAUAGUUCCCUCGCCUACUGCAGAACAAGCUCAGCGAUCUCGCGGAUCCUCUCCGACACUUCAUAGCCACUCUUCGUCUCCGAAUAAGAAGAUGAACGUGCCAUCCCCGUUAAAGAACAUCACAUAUUCGAGCCCGUUUUCAUUUUUUGGCGCGAAGCAACAGAAGGAACAAUUGCCCAAGAUGCCGGAGCCCGCGGACGAUGAAUAUUUGAACCUUGACAUUGACGCUAUUCUUUUCCGUACCGAUAUGCCCAACCUACCACCGGAAGAGGCGCUCGUGAAUUUCCAACGAAAUGCAGAAAACUUGGUUCGCCAAUUACAAAAAGCCUACAAGCAACGUACAUUCGCCCUGCACCAAGCACUCGCUGAGAAAAUUGAGCAAAAAGAGGAGCUCGAGGAGACCCAGUCAAGAUUUCAAAAUAUGAAAUCCCAGCUAGAUGGGAUGGCCGCCAAAGUAUUCGAGCAAGAAAAUGAAAUGAAAGCUCUGGUUGAAGAGCUAAAUAUAGAGCGACAGAAGCGGAAACAGGAAGAUGAAGCGCGACGGCGAAGCAUUGUACCUGUUAGAAAGCUCGAUGAGGUCCCUGACCCGGCCGGAAUACAAAUUAGCCCUACCAAGAAACACUCUAAAUCCUCGAGCGGUGCUUCGAUUAUGAUUGAUUCUGGAUUCGAAUCCGCAGACGAAAGUAUUUCGGAGAGUAUUUUCUCUAAAGGAACGGACGAUACCGCUCCGACAAGACCAGCCUCCAUCAUAUCCACAACUCUUGACGUGCCGCCUCCUUCGACCUAUCAGCCAUCUCCGCUAAAACCUCGACCUCUUUCCCCAUCGAGGCCCUCAACCUAUGAUAGGGUCCUCAAGGGCAUAUCCGCAGCCGGCUCUUCUCUCAGCACCCUGACUUCUUCCCGGUGUCCCAACUGCCAAGGAGGUAGAUCAUCGGAUCCUGGUUAUGUUGCUACUAUACUGCAAGAGGAGAACCGCGUCCUGAAGUCACGAAUCACCGAACUUGAGACUGCUAUUGAAGAGUGUAUUACCCUUGUUGGGGGAUGACCGGUUUAGAUAAUUGUGUUGUGAAAUUACUCGGAUGGUAUGCUCCGAUGUUUGGAAAUAUUUUGUUCAUGGAUACUUGCCCUGUUGGACUUAUGACUUGCCAUUCCGACCAUGGCUAUACGACCUUUUUGCCAAUACGAUGUUUUCUUUGGCUCAGGAUAAUUAUGAUUUCUACGUUCAAUUGUAUGGUGUGGCGGUUCUGUGAUCUUUUUUUUUCCCCCUGGAAUUUCCUUUAUUUGAAGUAUAGACGGCUCUCCCUCUUGGAGCACAUGCAAAAUGACAUUCCCUUCUUUUAACAUCA